GCUCCCGAGUUCAUGUCGCCAUCGUUCGUCUUCGUCUCUUUCCCCGCGGUGUUGUGGUGAUCAAAGUUCGGAUAUGGCUGCUGCUUCUUUUGCUUCCAAGUGUUCCCGCGUUGGUCGUUCAUUAUUGGGUGGACUUGGAAACAUUUUGUCUGGUUCAUUGAGCUCAUCAAGUGAGACAGUAUGCAGCAGUUUCAUUUCGCAGCAACAAAGAACUUUCAUACAGAUGAGGACUGUGCUCAAAGUAGUGGAUAACUCAGGGGCAAAGAAAGUGAUGUGCAUACAAGCAUUGAAGGGGAAGAAAGGAGCACGACUGGGAGACACGAUCGUCGCAUCCGUGAAGGAAGCCCAUCCAAAUGGAAAAGUGAAGAAAGGAAAGGUUGUAUAUGGAGUGGUUGUUCGAGCUGCAAUGCAAAAAGGUCGUUGUGAUGGGAGCGAGGUCAAGUUUGAUGAUAAUGCUGUAGUAUUUGUUGAUAAGCAAGGCCAACCUAUUGGGACAAGAGUGUUUGGCCCAGUUCCUCAUGAACUCAGGAAGAAAAAACACGUAAAGAUUCUUACUUUGGCGGAGCACAUUGCUUGAAAUCCAUAAUCAAAUCUGGAGCAAAGGCUAGAAGGUUAAGUUUGUUCAUAACUUAAAAAAUAUAACCCGAUUGGGAUUUAGUGGAAGAACAAAGAGGAAUCUGCUAAAACCGUCCGAUAAUAACAAGAUUGUUCUUCGCGUUGCAAUUCAUCAAAGGAAAGUUGUUGAUGGGUCGAUCUUCCAAGUAGAAGCUACCGUUUAUAUGAGGUUAGAUGUUAAUAAUCUACAUUCUCUCCAAUGCUUUAAUUACUAUGACUACCAUCUCAUUUCUUAUGUAUGGAUUAGUUGAUAGUUUACUUCGCA